CUUCUUUUUAAACGAAACCUAGCUAAAUGAAACUAUUUUAAAUAAAAUGUAAUAAACAUUACAACAACCGUCCUCUAUAAACGUUAAAAACAAAUAUAUAAAGUAAUAAGCUAAUGAUAAACUAUAAAAAAUCACUUAGCUCAAAGUAAGAAUCUACACCCUAGAGAAUAUCUAGAAAAGUCGGUGAAGUCAGCAAAUAAAUAGUCGUACGAAUUACUAAAUGAUAUAAUUUAAACAGAUACUCGAACAUCACAAAGUGGGCGAAUCAAAAUAAUUACGGAGUGAGUAAAACAUUGUAAAUAAACUUUUACUUAAUUCUACGAUGUGUUUAUUACGUGAAAUUAAAUAAAUAUUUAUGUAGCCCGUGUUCAUGUGCCCGAGGCCCGCCUAUCAUUCGUUGCUGAAACUAAAUCAAAACACAUUAAUUCGCUAGCAGUCAAUAAACGCAGGCGAAAAAGAACUAUUUUUUUUCAAAUCCUCGGAAAAAAAUAUCAAUUGUGUUUCGAAUUAAUUCAAAUUACAAAUGCUUACGUCAUAAAGAAAAAUUCAUUGAACAUCAGUGAGUCAGCCCAAUCGGAAGCUGCAAUAUUAUUUCUGCCGUUUUACGUAAGGAGCCAGUUGGAGCGGUUCAAGCGAGAAAAGCAAAAAAUCGCGGAAAACUGUUGGGAAAAUAAAAAAUUUCCACACAAUAUUCCAAGGGAGAGAUUAUGUAGAAACUUACGGCAAAUUAAUUUUUGCGGUGAAUGGAUCAUAAAUUUGAAUUAUUACCACGUGAUCGAAAUAUUUGGAGUGAUACUGAAGGCAACUGUUGUCUUCAUAGGCUGAUAUGGCUGCUGUAAAUUCCGUACAAAGUGCCCUUCAUUUGCCAUUAACAGGAUUAGCAACGCCCCGUGUAUUAAUGUGUAGUGCCUCAAUGGGUGCAGAAGGAUCUGUAACACUUCAAUUACGUGAAGCUGUACAAGCACCCGAACCAGGAAGUUCAUUAGAUACGGCCUUAACGAUUGGUUAUCCUGAUCCGGAAAUAUUGGCUGAUGUAUUGGGAACAUUACAGGCUGCAGCUUUAAAUACCAGCACCGGUACCACCACCAAUAGUAACAUCAGUAGCAACUGUGGUAGUACAAUAAGCAGUAAUUCCAGCACAGUGGUUACAAGUAGUAAUACUGGCGCUAGUUGUAAUAAUAUUGGAAAUAGUAAAAGUCCUACAACAAAUUCAGUAGGAAGCUGUACAACUGGAAAUAGUAGUUUGUACACCAACGCCAUUACUAGUACUACAAACACUCGAACUAGUCUAAUCCUUAGCAGUAACAAUAGUAGUAAUAGCUGCAGUAGUGUGAGUAGUAAUAGUAGCAGUUGUAGCAGCAGUAAUGAAAGUACAACAGUUCCUGUAUCAUUGUCGUCGUCCUCAUCGUCGUCAUCGUCGCCAACAUCGUCCGCCUCGUCGACGUCCUCGAAUCAUCCACCGAUAGUUGUAAAGAAGACAAGGCCUAAAACAUCGUCACCAACAAGGCAUGGCCCACAACAGUGCCAGGUUUGUAGUAAAGUUUUUGGAAAUGCCUCAGCGCUGGCCAAACACAAACUAACACACAGCGACGAGAGGAAAUAUGUGUGUGCAAUGUGUUCGAAAGCAUUUAAAAGACAGGACCAUCUAAAUGGUCACAUGCUGACACAUCGUAAUAAGAAACCGUACGAAUGUAAAGCAGAGGGUUGCGGAAAAUCAUACUGUGAUGCAAGAUCAUUAAGGCGACAUACGGAAAACCACCACAGCUCCUCGGCAAUGACACCAACAACACCCAAUCAAUCAAUGUCGCCAUCAACCGGACCACCAACUGGGCUCAGUUUAUCACCGGCAACCGCAAGUGGCGAUGCAAGUUCACCUCACGGGGCAACUUGUGUACAGUACAGUAUCAGCAGUAGCGGAGGCGGUAAUGCCAGUAGCGACUUCAACAAUUCAAAGCCAUCGUCACCUAGUUCACCGGCGGGGAGUGGAAAUGGCACCGGUAAUGAGGGGCUCACUCGACAACAAUUGGAUCUCAUUAGUCAAAUUAUGCAACAGACCAAACAAGCCAGUACUCAAGUAACAAUUUCGGCAAAUCACAACAAUGGAAUGAAGAGCUACCAUCAAGCCAGACCACGAACGUGGAACAUGCAGACACAGCUUCAGCAGAAUCAUGCAAAAAUCUCAUCAAGUUCAGGCGAAAAUGUAAAUUCGAUGGGAACAACAACAGUUGCCACGGGAGUAGCAUCAACAACAACAUCCAUUGGUAAUCAACAACAAUUGCAGGGGCAACAACAACAGCAUGAAGUGCUGAGUCAACAGCAGCAUCAACUGCAGCUCGGACAGCAUCAGCAGCAACAACAACAAAUCAUCCAACCCCACCAGACUACACACGCCCUUAAUAUUGUUAAAAUUGAACAAAAGCCCGUCGAAUGCAAUUUAUGUCAUAGGAAAUUCAAAAAUAUUCCAGCUUUAAAUGGGCACAUGCGAUUGCAUGGUGGUUACUUUAAAAAGGAUACUGAAUCCAAGAAGAAUGAGAAAAAGGAGACGCCUGGUCCUCCUUUGCAGACAGCUAGCAUUGGGGUGAGAGCGUUGAUUGAAGAGAAGAUUAUUAGCAAAAGGAGUAAAGAUUUGAAGGGCGCCUUUGUUGUACCUGCUGCUCCCCUGACAUCAGCUGUACGUCGUCUAGCCGCUGAGGCUGAAGGGUUCCUCACUCCAAAAACACCGACAAUUCUCUCAAGCACAGUACCGAAUGGUUCGAUUUCUAUUUCUGGGUCAACAAAUUCAGCGAACUCUUUGACAACCGCAAACAUCUCACAAGGAACAACUACAACCACAACAAUAGCAACAUCAAUGCAAGUUCAGAAGCAAAUUGUUCACAAGGUGGCCAACUUGAAUGGCACCUCCGUUGGUACACACCAUCAAAGUACAGGGACAGAUACUAAGGAUGCUACCCUUAUUGAACUUCUAAAGCGUGGCACAAAAGUAGCAGUGAAACGUACCUGUUCUGAUCCCGGCCAAAUUUUUACUACCACUACAACUGGAACCAAUACGAACGCCAAUACACAAACAGUUUUAAUGCCAUCAGAUGGAACAUUGUCUGCCCCAAACACUCCAACCACGACGCCACCAUUGGCUAUUUCUCUACCUGGCGGUGAAGCAACUCCUGUGGCCUUGACUAUAUCUCAAACACAAAAUGCUUCAGGUGAUGUUUUCACUCUCACAUACGCAACAGAUUCAUCUACAGCAUUUUUCGGAGAAAGUGACAUGUACAGUGUGUCGGAUACUGCUAUGCUAUUACAAGCUGUAGAUUCUAUCCAGUUAUUGAACGACUCCACUACAGGUACCGACCAGCUGGAAGAAAUAGCAUCCCUCAGUGAUUACUCACUCGGUGCGGCAGGAGACAGUUGUCAAAUGGGAGAUAGUAAAGAAUAUAGGCCCACAUCGAGGCAGCUUCAAGCCGUCCUAAACUCCCCCUUGCCAGAGAGCCUGGCCGAAUUCAGUGCGCUUCAUUCCAAGGAUUAUGUUUUAUAUAACUGUACUUCAAACGAAUCGCCAGCCACCCAAUCUACUGCAUCACCGUUGCCUUCGCCACUCGCAUAUCCAACACCCCCAGCAAGCCAUGAAGCAGUUGCGCAAGCUUCACCAUUUUUGGACGAUUCGCAUCAUUUUUCCGAUGCGAAAUCAUUUUUUGACGAAAAGUCAAACACGGAUUUCAUCGAUGAUAACCAAAGUCAAUUUUUGAAAACAAGUGAUACAUCAGAUUUGACAGAGAGCGAGAAAAUUUUAAAAUUGAAAAAUGAACUUUUCAAUGAAAGUAAAAGCGUUUUAGCUGGUGGACAAUUCUUUCGAUCGGAGGAAAACUCGUCAGAUGUGUUCGGAUCAGAUGUAAAGGUUGAGGAUUUACUAAAUGAAAACAAUAAUGAGCAGUGCGACCUUAAAGACUUUAAUCACCAAAACCUGUCAUUUUUGGACGAAACACAGAGCUUUUUGGACGAUGCCCAGAACACAAAUUCACCACUUUCCGCAUCAUUCUUCAGCACAACUGAAGUCACAAGUGUCGAGGAUGUUAAGCAAGUUUUGAAUGAUGUUUUGCCACAAAAUAAUUCUUCAGCGACGUUAACUGACGAAGUUGACGGAAAUCCAUGUCAGAAUGACAUUGACCUUUACUACUUGCCUGGAUUGACACUUCAAUCCCAAAUGAUGUCUAAUUCAGACGACCCGCUUCUAUCUUCCUCUCCGAAGGACUUUGGGCAACGAACAGUAACUAGUGCUGUUCAGACUGGUCCGGCACCACCGGCACAAUUACAAACUAAGCCACAAGUACAAAUUUCAACAACACCUUAUAACGGCCCGACGCCUGCUAAACGAAUUCGUACGGCGGCCAUAGGAGAAGAAGUAGGUUCUUCAGUGCAAGUCGGAAAUAGUUCUUCAGUAAUAUCUUUGCCAAAAGAUAACCAAAUAUUCCUGGACAACAGUUGUGCCACAUUACACAAACCAGCAACAGGACCCACCGCAGUGCAGUCAGCACAAACUACUCAGCAACCCAGUGGAAAUACGCUUCAACACCACAAUUAUUCCUCAACUUUUCAAACUUCCUUAAGCUAUUCAAAUUCUGUACAGAAGCGCAAACUUAAACCUCCACCAAUUCCAAAAAAGUUAGAAGUAUACCGUUCCAAACUUCGUCGACCAUCUACUACACACUACACUCCACCACCCAUUCUGAACCCUGACCGGAGAUCCUCCGGCCUAUAUAGUUGCCUGCCGAAAACUCAAAUCCAAGAAACGGCCAGUAAGCUUGAGGAGGAGUUUGAAGAAAAUCCCAUUUUAUCCGCAUUUUUGGAUGAUUCCAAGGUUAAUAUAGGAACUGCCUACCAGGCGAUGAUUCCUAACCUUGAAACUGAGAUGAACUUCUUAGUGGACGACAAAGCUGAAUUGAUGUGGAAUUCAAGUGAAAGUUACGACGCCAAUCUGCUCACUAGAUUUAUCGAAUUGAGUAAAUCCUACGCUGUACCGUCCGGUUACCAUUCUGAAGAAGUCGCCUUAAAAGCCUUAUUAGAUGCGCAGGGUCAAACACAUGUGGCUACGCUGACAUUGCUGCAAACACCGUCAAGUCGUGUACAUUUGAGCUGGUGUCCCAAGACAAUUGAGAUGUUUCUGAAAGGUCUGGAAAAAUAUGGAAAGGACUUCUAUCGAAUUGCGUGCGAGGUCGAAGGCAAAACAACUAGUGAUUGCAUACAACUUUACUAUCUAUGGAAAAAGCUAUGUCCAGAGUAUAAGAACCUGAUCCUUAAACAAGAACUGGCUGACCACGACGAAGCAUCCACAUCAUCAUCAACUCAUGCAACACAAUCUCCGCCCGAAAAUCGCCCUCACGUGUGUGAAAUGCCUGACUGUUCAGCUAGUUUUACCUCGAAGGCUGCACUACUUGGUCAUACGCGGAUCCAUUGUCUCGGUAGAAAUUCAUCAGUAGCGGCAUCAUCGUCAUCAUCCUUGUCCUCUUCCACAUCUUCAACAUCUCCCCCCGCGAGUGGUGCUUCUGUCUCCACAGGCUUUAUUUCGGCCUCGAGUUCAAAUGGACAAAGUCACAGUUAUGGGUCAGGAUCAUCCACUUUCAGUAUUGUAUCUACGUCCCAACCACAAAAAGAUGAUUAUCCCUGCAAGGUGUGCGGCAAGUAAGAUCACCCCAAAAUCCUUUUCUCUUUCUCAUAUAUAAAUACUAUGCAUACUCAUCACAGUGUCAUAUGUAACACGCCUUGUAAUGAAUUAAGUGACUACUCGUGUAAAUUAGAUUUAUCAAGUUUUGUAAUUGUAAUCCGUAAUGGUAUGUUUACUUCAUGAAUGCUGGAAAUUUUAUAAUUUAAACGUUUGAAUUUCACUUAUUGUUCGUUUAUUUAUAUGUAUUUGUAGUUUAAUUGUUU